UUUCACUCACGAAAUUCUUGUGCAGCAAGGAAAAAAAAAACAAAGAGUAUCUAACUAUCCACCCACCUUUCACGCGCAAACCCUAUAAAGCCUCUCUCAACGCAACAACAUCAAAUCUUCAUACCUCAACCUAAAAAAAACCAAAAAAAGAAAGAAAAAACUCCACCAGGUCCUCCUCUCCCGGUACCUGGUAACCCGCACCAUGAGCGACAGCGACACCCGCCAAAACGACAUCACAAAGCCACUCGAUUUGGAAAACCUGAGAGUCGUCUCGGCCGUGGGGCGCGGCGCCAAGGGCGUCGUGUUCCUCGCGAGAACCGGUGACCGGUCGUCGGAAGAAUGCGUGGCGCUAAAGGUGAUACCGAAGGCGCUGAUUCUUCAGAAGGCGAAACUAAUAAACGACGUGGAGUACACCAGGGUGUCGUUUGAAGAGCAGGUGCUACGUCGUUUCGAUCAUCUGCUUCUGCCUAGGUUAAGAGGGGUUUUCGAAACUGAGAAAGUCGUUGGUUUCGGUAUUGAUUACUGCCACGGUGGCACGCUCCAUUCGCUUAGGAAGAAACAGACCGAGAAAAUGUUCUCCGAUGACACGAUCAGGUUUUAUGCAGUGGAAUUGGUUCUCGCAUUGGAGUAUUUGCACAAUUUGGGAAUAGUGUAUAGAGAUCUGAAGCCAGAGAAUGUGAUGAUUCAAGAUAACGGUCACAUAAUGUUGGUUGAUUUUGACCUCUCCAAAAAGCUAAACCCUAAAUCCCCUCACUCACUGAGUCAAAACUCUUCCCCGAGUCCCAACUCGAAGACAAAACAAACUAGGAAGCAACGAUUAAUGCGUUUCUACAGUUUCUGCAACUCGGGAAUCUUGCCCUGCGACUCGGACUCGGAGCCCCCACUCAGCAGCGUCAACUCAGUGCGUCACACCGAGUCCGACUUGGUUGAAAAAUCAAACUCGUUCGUAGGAACAGAAGAGUAUGUGGCACCAGAAAUAGUCUCCGGAAAAGGUCACGGCUUCAGCGUUGAUUGGUGGUCGUACGGUGUUGUUUUGUAUGAGAUGUUGUAUGGAACAACGCCGUUUAAGGGCUCGAAUAGGAAAGAGACAUUUUACCGAAUCUUAAUGAAGGAGCCGGAGUUAACGGGGGAGAAGACGGCGUUACGGGAUUUGAUUGGGAAAUUGUUGGAGAAAAAUCCUGACCGUCGGAUUCAGGUUAAUGAAAUCAAGGGCCACAAUUUUUUCAAGGGGGUUAAGUGGGACACGGUGUUGCACAUUGCGAGGCCACCUUAUAUUCCCGAAAAUGAGGUUGAGAACAAAGUGGGGUUCAGCAAAAGCGACGUGGAAGUGUUCGUGGACAACGUGUUUUUUCCAACGGGUGAUGAUGGAGGAGAGAAAACAAAAACGCUGUUGGAUAAUAAUAAUAAUAAUAAUAAUAAUAAUAAUAAUAAUAAUAAUAAUAAUAAUAAAGUGUGGAUUGACGAAUUAAGUCAUGUUCCCAUUGGGAAGAAGAAUGACGAUUUUUUGAUUUUUUGAGUGACUUAUUCUCUUAAUAGACUUUAGACUAAAUGUGGAUUCUAUCCUACCUAAAAAAACUAAAUGUAGAUGGCAUGCAUUUUUUGGAAUCUAAUUUAUAUUUUGACCAUUGUUGAGAAUGAGAUA